AUUCAUUUGUUUUUUUUUUUUGUUUUUUUUCUUUCUGUUAUUUUAGACGUAUCAAUGGUAAAUAUAUUGUUAAACUGUAUCAGCCAGUCAAACAAAUCGCACGGCUUACAAAAAGGUUACAGGAAACUGCUAGUCAACCAAAAUCUGCAAGAAUUAGUAAAGAAAUGGCUGUUGAUCCAGACUCCACAACCCUGGAAAGCUCAAAGUUGAAGAAGAAGAAAAGAGCAACGAAACGAAAGUCUGAAGGUAACAUUGAUAGUGAUGACGAUGAUGGUACUGGAAAAGAUCCAAAGGAAAAGAAGUGCAAGCGGGACUCUAAAAAGUCAAUUGAAGUUAUGCCCCCUGUCUUCUUUAACUGGGAUAAUGAAACUGUUGCCCCAACAAACCAGAACGGUCAUGUCAGCAGCAGUGAUGACGACAUUGAAAUGAGCGAAGACAAGGAUGGAGAAUCAUCUACAGGUAAACUCCUCAAGAAAAAGAAAGCUGCUAAGAAGCUUGAAAAAAAACAGGAAGAAGAAAGGUUAUAUGAAAUUGAACGUCAACGGGUCAUUGGAGAAAAACUGCCCGAAACUGCUGAUGAUUUUGACCGUCUUCUCCUCCAUUCGCCAGACAGUUCCAUGUUGUGGCUACGGUACAUGGCUUUCCAUUUGGAAACAGCUGAGAUUGAUAAGGCACGAUCCAUCGCAGAGAGAGCUCUGAAGACCAUCUUAUUCCGGUGAGAUUUUUAGUAGUUCUUUG